AUGCCGGCCACAUCGUAUACUCCUGGUGAACUCCUCAUCCUGCGUAGCUUCCUCCCGGAGUGGAAGGCGGGUGACUCAAAUGACCGUAAAGAUGUCCGGUCGCGUGCCGUCGAGAAGUUGGAGGCCCACCGGGGAAAGCCGUUGAAGAAGGAGGGAAAAAAGGCUGUUCGGGCUUGGUUUUACAAUGCCGCACCUGUUAAGAACAAGAAACGGAAAGACCGUCCUGCUGUGUUCGGCCGGCGGCUCAACUGGCACCGUGUGGUAGCUUGGCACAUGCCCGCGGAGUUGGAUGAGAAGAUGGCUGCGACUGGGGUCACCCACGGAGACAAGGACUUUCUCGCGACUUAUCAAAAGGAGCUGCGCAAUCUGGCCAACAGUCUGCCCCGGGCGAAACAGCGGGAGUACAAGCAGGAGGCCGUCCGAUGGAACUCGGAAGGUCAACCUCAUGAAUUGCAGGACCGGAACAUCGUUCGGAAGAGCGAAGCGGUCAUGUUAGACUUCGCAAAUUACGUCUGGAGGAACUUCGGCAUGCGUGUGUUCGUCCACGCCGUUUACAAAUCCCUGGAAGGGAAACCGUGUUUAAUCGACUUUGAUUGCAACGACCUUGUCGACCCCAACGCCCAGCGUGCAGCGGGUCGGGUGAAAUUCAAGGACAUGUACCCCGACUACAAACGUGCGGACGGGUUCCGAGAUCUAUUCAAGGACUAUGGGCACAAAUUGUUCGCGGGCGAGGACUUAUCGGAGGAGAGUGAUGCGGAUGUCAGGGCGAGUAAGCGGGGUGUGCCGAAGAUUGACUGGGAGAUGUACGAUGACAACACCCCCUGUAUGCCCCACCACGGCGCCGAGUGCUUCAAAAAUCUACGGAACAAGAAGGCUUUUAUUUCUGACUUCGUCCGGCUUCAUUACGUGGCCUAUACAAAUAUGCCGAAGUUGAAAGUCCCCUGGGUCGCUCUCCAGGCGACUCCGGAGAAGCUUCUCGAGGCCGGGUCGCUUCCUAACGGUGUCACCCUCCAAGAACCGUCGCAUCUGAAACAGGCGGAGGUUGACUCUCUUAUCGCACACUGGCGUACAAGGGCUAAUUCCUCACGGCUUGCCUUUGUGAUGCGUUUCAUUGCCUACCGAAACCAUCAAAGCGAAAUCGUGUCUCUGGAGCAUGAGGAGCCGAGGACUGCUUCCCGCCGCGCUGCCCGGAGCGCACGCCCGCGCCGUCAGUCGUCCCCCCGUCCGAAGGGUCGUCGGUCGAAUACACGUCCCUCAAAGCGUGCUAGCGUGUCUCCGGCGAAAGACAGUGAUGCUUCCGACGGUGAUGAUGAGCGGGAGAAUCAACCCGGACGCCAGUCGGAUGAAGGAUACAGUGGCGAGGAUAUCGCCACCCAACAUGAUUCAUCUAACAAGGAAUCGUCGUCCUCUUCGUCGACGUCCCAUUCAUCAAGCUCGUCAAGUGGCAGCGAUCCCGCUACCCCGCCCCCCCCUCCUCACGAGCAAGAAAGGUCGGCCGCCCUGCCUUCGCCGGGAGCCUCGCCACAACCCCUGGCGAACCUGCAAUCGGAGCUUGACGUCGACAUGUUGACGGUAAAGCAAAGUCCGCAUUCUGACAUCCUGCCCGCAUCAGACACGGGCAUCCCAUCCGCUGUGUCGUCGCCAAUCCUGCAACCAGUCUUCGUCCCGGUGGAUCGGAAAGGCAAGGGACGAGCUGAUCGCCCUUUUCCGUCCGAUCUUUUUAGUCCGGCGCCAUCUCAUCGUCCGGCGACACGGCCGAAUGUGAAGCGACGAACGGCGCCUGUCAAGUUGACAUCGGGUCUCGUUAUCGAGCGCAUGAGCAGUCCACUCCAUCAGGGCAGCCCCGAGCCGCGGUCGGAUUCGCCUUGUCCGCCACCGCGGGUGGUGCCCCGUCAGCGUCGGGCGGAUGGGAUCGGUGCCGGACCAUCCCAACCGUUCACUACAGCCUCAUUGUCCGUUGAGCGCAAUAGUGCUGCACGCUUACCGUCCGUGCUUUUGGCAAAGACCGCUCGCCCAGGCAAGCCGCUGCCACACAAUGCAAUGCGCCGUACGGCUCGCAUGGCCUCCACAGGACCUUCGGGUACAACUGGUGUACCGAUGGCGGUCGCAUCGCCUUCAGUGACCCGGGCGGACGGCGGUGAUCCAGCGGCCAUAAAUCGCCUGUCGUCGCCAUCGUCAGCGGACCCAGAUGACGUUUGUGAGAUUGAGAUCGGGGCUCCUGCCAAAAUGGGGGACGACAUGUUCGAUCGGCUACGGUUCCUACGGGAACUGUCAAGAAGCAAAUACUAUUGUGCGCUGUUGGAAGUCAUUGCACCGUUGUCACACGCCGGAUCUUGGCAUACAACCAAGACUUGGGAAUGGGGUAUGUGGUCCUACCGCAAGUCUCAUUGCCCGCCCGCUGUCCACACGAACGCAACCGAGAUCAGAGCAUUCAAGUCGUGGCUCACCCGGAUAACGACGAGCAUGAAGGACACUUCCAUCAGUGUCGAUGAGGCACUGACCGUCGCCCUGACCAUAGGAAUGCUGCUGCACGAUCUAGAAAUGGCGUUAUCGAGUAAUCGCGAUAAGUACAAUUUGCCGGAACAUGUACUUCAGACACUCCACGACCAUGAUUUCGUCAAGGAGCGCCUCCUUUAUGCCUGCAAGGCAUUGGCUCGAGAAUGGCGGGAGGUUCCUCAGCGGACGAAGCGACUUAUGAAUCCUCCGGGCACCGGAUCCGAUGCUUCCGCAAUCGGCGCGAGGAUCAGGAAGCGUGGCCGCAAAGGGGUGCAUGGGUCUCCUAAGGAGGAGCAGCGGGUUACCAAAAAGCUUCGCCGUGGUUAG